GGGAGGAGAAGCGCGGGUUCCUGGCUCUCCACGCGCACUGCUUUAAUCAGACCGUGCAGCCUCGAGCUGGAGUGGCCAGCUGGGCCUGGAGCAAUGCGAGCGGACCCCAGGGAGCGACGGCGGCGGCGGCGCAGCGGCCGAAGCAGCCCCGGCAGGGAAGUGUGGAUGCGUCUCUCCCGAGGCCGGGCCGCCUCGCCCGCUCUAGCCCAGCGGAGCCCGAGCGCCUCGGACCAAUCCCCAGUGAUUAUGCAAGACAGAGGACCAAUCAGCUCCGCCAGCUCAUGAAUAUUUAUGACCUUGGCUGAGUCAAAGCUUUGAACCGAGUUUGGGGAGCUCAGCAGCAUCAUGCUUAGACUUUUCAAAGAGACAAACUCCAUUUUCUUAUGAAUGGAAAGUGAAAACCCCUGUUCUGCUUAAAUUGGGUUCCUUCCUGUCCUGAGAAACAUAGAGACCCCCAAAAGGGAAGCAGAGGAGAGAAAGUCCCACACCCAGACCCCGCGAGAAGAGAUGACCAUGACCACCAUGCCAGAAAGUCUCAACAGCCCCGUGUCGGGCAAGGCGGUGUUUAUGGAGUUUGGGCCGCCCAACCAGCAAAUGUCUCCUUCUCCCAUGUCCCACGGGCACUACUCCAUGCACUGUUUACACUCGGCGGGCCAUUCGCAGCCCGACGGCGCCUACAGCUCAGCCUCGUCCUUCUCCCGACCGCUGGGCUACCCCUACGUCAACUCGGUCAGCAGCCACGCUUCCAGCCCCUACAUCAGUUCGGUGCAGUCCUACCCGGGCAGCGCCAGCCUCGCCCAGAGCCGCCUGGAGGACCCAGGGGCGGACUCGGAGAAGAGCACGGUGGUGGAAGGCGGUGAAGUGCGCUUCAAUGGCAAGGGAAAAAAGAUCCGUAAACCCAGGACGAUUUAUUCCAGUUUGCAGUUGCAGGCUUUGAACCGGAGGUUCCAGCAAACUCAGUACCUAGCUCUGCCGGAGAGGGCGGAGCUCGCGGCCUCUUUGGGACUCACACAGACUCAGGUCAAGAUCUGGUUCCAAAACAAGCGAUCCAAGUUCAAGAAGCUGAUGAAGCAGGGUGGGGCGGCUCUAGAGGGUAGUGCGUUGGCCAACGGCCGGGCCCUGUCUGCUGGCUCCCCACCCGUGCCGCCCGGCUGGAACCCUAACUCUUCAUCCGGGAAGGGCUCAGGCGGAAACGCGGGCUCCUAUAUCCCCAGCUACACAUCGUGGUACCCUUCAGCGCACCAAGAAGCUAUGCAGCAACCCCAACUUAUGUGAGGUUGCCCGCCCGCCUCCUUCUUGUCUCCCUGGCCCAGGUCCCUCCCGCCUCCAGGUCCAUCCACCCUGUCCGGAAAAGAAGGACCCAGAGGGAAGAAGAAGGAACAGUGGAGGCAGGACGAGCUCCAUCUCCUCAGAGCCCCGCGAGGUCCGGCCCAGCAACUUCCCGGCGCCCGCGCUCUGGCCUGAACCCUGGCCUGGGCCGAGCAGUAGCAGCAGAGAGUGGCCUCGGAGGGAAGGCACUGCCACCUGAGACAGGCCAAGCAGCAAGAUAAACCCGCUUCACCCGACCCACCGACCUUCAACUUUGUGGGACUAUCAGGAAAAAAAACAAAACAAAAACAAAAUGUAGAAAAAGCAAAAGCUCUUUUCUGUCCUGUCAGUCUCCUGUCUCCUUUUGCUCUGUGCGCUGAUAAAGUCAAGGUCCUCUCAUCCGUCCGCUGUCCGCAUUCUGCGGCCUCUGCAAAAAGCCACCAGGUCUGAGAGACCCGGGUCCUGCCCGGCUGACCAUCUCCGGAUCCUGGGACACUGCCUGACCAUCUGUGUAGCUGGUGUGGGAAUCUGGGGACAUUGAAGGGAGGGGGUUUUAUUUAUUGAGAAAUGGACUUCGCCUGAGGCUGUUUACCAAGUCGAGGUUCUGCUGGGCGCAAAGAACUCACUGUUCAAACGCACUGUUUACUUUAAACGCACGGGGAGAAACGAAUAAGGAGGACGUGGUGAUUUUUAAUUUAUACAGUAACUUUUGUACUUCUCUGGUAUGGAGAGUUUGGAGCCGAACGAUUUGCAUUUUUUACAUGUCCGACAUUAUUUAACAAAUACUUUUUAAAAGAAAAGAAAGAUAAAUGAAGUCAACACGAUUUUCUCAUCUGGGGAGGAACUCUUGGUUGCUUCGCCUGGACAAGAUGGAAAACACUGAUUUCCUCCUUGGGUAGAAAGAGGGAGCGAGGACAAAUGGGGAGUAGAGAGAAAACAGGCGAGAACAAGCACCCUAAUUCCAGUGGGCUUUACAAUAAGACAAAAUCAGCUUUACAACAAUCCCUAAAGGCUCAACCACAGAGUAAAGCCAGUCACUACCCUGAACGCACAAUCUUCAGUGCAGGCUCUAAUUACUGUACAUAUUAUUGUUAUUAUUAUUAUUAUUAUUAUUAUUGUUCUGUAAACAUGUUGCACAAGCUUAGCCUUUUUGCGUUCUGUUGUGUGUGGCUGUAAAACCCCAUGCUUUGUGAAAUGAGAAUCUUGACAUUUUACUUGUGAAAUUUGGAAAAUGUGAUCAAUUGAAAUCAACUGUGUUUUGUGUUCUCUAUGUCAAAGUUUAGUUUUAUAUUGAGAAUGUUAACUUAUUGCUUUGUAUCUUGGGAAAAAAAAAACUUUGUAAAUAAGUUAUAAAGUUUCUUUGAGACAGUAAAAUUAUGAUUUCU